AUGGCGAAUGUAAAAAUGGAUGAUAGUAACUUACAUUCUUUGGGUUACACAACGAAAACUGCGCUUAUAAAACUUCGUGAUGAUAUACGAAACGUAAUAGAAGAACACAAGAAAAAAAAUACUACAGGAUUGGGUCUAGUCCGAAAUAUAAUUUCAUUUUCUUCAGAGAAAGUGUUAUUGUCAGGAGUUGCUUAUACUAUAACACUGAUAUACAUAGUGUGCUUAAUUCUUACAUAUAUAUUUGGUGAAUCUGUACAAGCCCAUGCCUAUUUGCUAUGGGAAGCAUUUUUUUUAAUAGUGAUAUUGUUAGUAAACUUCUUGGUGGCAUUCAAUGAAGAGUAUCAGUUCAGAAAUGAAAUACCUCAUAGAGUAAGGAAAGUUUUAGAAACGUUGGACGAGGCUAUAGAGAGUUCAAAAUGGAAAGAAAAUCAUUAUCCACAUUUAUGUGCUCCAUUCUCACCUUGUGUAAUCCUGCAAUGGACUUAUCGGGACUCUACAAUAGUAAAUCUUCCAUGGGCACUGCUGGUGGAAGGAGAUGUUAUUGUACUAAGACCUGGCCAGGAAGUACCUGGUCAUUGCCAUGGUUUACAGCCAGAAGAUCCGGAACAGUUUUUCGGACAGAUCUUUCAGCCUACUACACCACAAAAAGACAACUUUAGCACUCCGAGAAUAAGAACACCGCAUCGUAACAAAGCAUAUAGAAUGUGUGAGACUCCGUACCUGAAAAAUCUGAAAUUAGCUUUAGAACAGGCCACUGUAAGGCCGGUGACAGUUUUUGAGAAACAAAGGUACCUGUGUACAGUAAAAAUAAUGGAAGGCAUAGUCCUGCCACUGGUGAUAUCCCUGGUGGUGAUAGCGAGCUUCGUGCGCCACGUGUACCACCUGCCAGGCGUCACGCACUGGACGGAGAUAUACUUCCUGCAGACCAUCGCCGCCUCCCUGCCUCUACUGCAGAUUGUGUUCCCCAUCGCUUGGGUCACUUUGAACUGCUUCGGUCUGGCUCGAUUUAAGCUUUUAUCGGAGACCAGACAGAAAUACGUCCGUCCAAAAUCGUGUUCCAUAUCAGAGGACGCGAGCGAUCCCUUGAUAAAAGCGAUGAGCGAUUCCAACCUUCAACCGGAGAACCUCAAGUCUUUGGGGAAGACGUUCUUCAAUAUCCUCACUGGAAGAGAGGACAUGGUCUGCAGGACUGCCAACAUUGUCCAUGUACUGGGAUCCUUGUCGGCUCUAAGUUGUGUAGACAAGAAAGGCAUCCUAUCCUGGCCGAACCCGACUGCGGAGAAGGUGUUCUUCCUCCGUAACUCCAGUCCAUCAUCACACAACUCCAGCAAGACUAGCCUGGUGGGUUCCAUGGGACAUCAGAGCGAUGAACAGCUCGACACACCUGUAGAAGGCACCAAGACAGCUGAACCGUCCACUAUAGUUGAGGUGCUAGAUCUAACCCACGACCAGAACGCCCCGUUCUGCGUGGAGUUCGACGACCAGCGCUGGCGGGCGCACCUGGCGCGCCUGAAGCCGCUGGGGCUGGCCGCGCUACUCAACACGUGCGCGCCCGCGCCCCGCCACACAUACGCACACUUCUGUGCACAUCUCACCUGCGAAGCUCAGUACAGUGAAGACCUAGUACCAGUAACGAACAGGCGGUGCCUGUGCGAGCUCGCCAAGCAGAUCGGCUUCACAGACUCUGUCACAGACACCUACCAAGUACAAGAAUGCCUCGCCAUAUUUAGACAGUUGCAAGCGGACACAAUCCGUCGCGAAACUCGCUUCGUCCGCUCUCUACAACUGAGCACAAAGGUGAAAGUUCCUCUCCCCCACAUGCUGGCCGUCAUCGUCAAGGACCAAGCCAAUCAACUGCAGAUGCUUACACAGGGUACAGCAGACAUAAUACUAGACUCUUGCGUCGACUACUGGAACGGGCGCGAUCUGACACCGAUAUCUCCCGCCGACCGCAAGAAGAUCAUCGACUUCUACCAAAGAAAUUCACUCACUGCUUAUUGUACGGCCUUCGCUUACAAACCCCUGACCCGCGGUAUAUCCCCGUCGCUGUCGGCCAUGUACCUGGAGCUGCCGGCCGACAGUCGCCAGCUGUACGCGCCGCUGUCCCAGCACUGGGCUGACGCUCCAGCGUUACACUUCCACUCCACCGACUCAUUGUUGUUCAACGAGGUGACUGACGAAGAUGUUAAGGAUGCUGACGGAUUCUUCGAUAUGCAGUGCAAUCAGGUUUUCAUAGGCAUGGUCACUAUGCAGUAUCAAGCUCAGAGCGACAUGGUAGAAUUGAUAGAGAGGUUAGAACGGGCCUGUAUUCGUUUUGUGCACUUCAGCAAAGAGAAUGAACUAAGAUCCAGAGUAUUUAGUGAAAAAAUGGGCCUGGAAUCCGGAUGGAACUGCCAUAUAUCAUUGAUGAGCGAAGAAAGUGCCAGCAAGAGCGCGUCUCCAUUGUCGUCGCAAACGUUGGCUCAGGGUAAGGACGGGGCCACUGCGCCUGCACAACUCAGUAGACACGUCGACUAUGACGCCGCCGCGCUCGGCUUGUACUAUAGUAGUAACAUCGCGGCAUCAAAAGCGUUGUCUAUGUCAGCGCCGGGGGCCAUCAACCUGGACCAUAACACCGUGAAGUUUGACAAUGAAAUCAAGAAAGCUAGGCAUUCUAUUACCACACAUACUAACCUUAAGUUUCAACGCAGCAGUAUAUCCACAAGCCACCCCUCAGCGGACUCCCUGCUAGACGACGACGAGGAGGACGAGGCGGGGUCCCCCGCCGACGCGUGCCGCUCGCUCUCCUGUCUCACUGACUCCACCGACCACUCCGCGCCCGUUAACUUCGAUAUGAGUAACAGGGCGAAGCUCCCCCGUGGAAUCGAGAACAUCCGUCCUCAUAUAGAACAAGUGGACAACGUGCCACUACUGGUAUCUCUGUUCACGGACUGUACGGCGCGGUCCGUGCAGCAGAUGAUACAGAUCAUGCAGGACUACGGCGAGGUCGUCUGCGUCAUGGGAUCCGCUGCCAACUGCUUGAACAUGGAUAUAUUUAUGCAGGCUGAUGCGAGUAUAGCAGUAGAGCCGCUGUACCCGGUGCUAUGCCAGAAGAUGCCGCCGUACCAAGUGCCGGAGUCCUGCAUCGGACCCAUCGAUAUCGCGCGGGCACUCAACUCUGUGCCCUGUUCACUGUCGUUACAAAAUAAAUGGCAGGACCAGCCAUUUACAAACUACUGUAGCCAAAAGAUGAGCCGCGACGCGGACGUGUCGCUGUUUGCCCUGAUCGCGAUGUCCCGGCACUACAUGACGUGUCUCUGGAACAGCACGCAGUUCUGGAUCUGUAGCGUCUGCUUCAUUGCACUCUUGCAGGUGGGUUCGCUAGUGGCGUUCCAGCCUCUGUCGCUGUCGGUGGGCGGCGCGGUGUGGGGCGGCGCGUGCGUGGUGCCGGCGCUGUCGGCGGCGCUCGCCUUCGCGCCGCUCGACCCCGCGCUCAUGCAGCGCGCCGCCACACGACCGCAACUCAUCAUGAAUGCCAAGAUGGCAGUGUUCGUGUUUUGGUGCUACGCAUUAAAGUUCCUACCGGCCGCUCUAUCCAUACUCGUGCUGUACGGGUUUACAUUGCGGGCUUUCUGUGAACAAAUCGCAGAUGCGACGAAUGCCACCGCGUGUUGGAUAGUGUACCCGGUCAAUACAGGAGAAUUCAACGCCACUCACGAUCUCACUACCAAGAGUUGGCACGGCUGGGGCGACGACUUCUACGAUGGAUUCUUUCUCGCCCAGCACAUCACACUAGCACUCAUAACUUUGCAUUUAAUUGUGAUAUCAUUAUCAUUCGUUCACCGACAAUCUUCUGUGUGGCAGAAGGGAUUCUGGGCUAACAGAGUGUGGUCCGUCACUGUUGUCGUCAUUAUCCUUACCCAGUUGGCGUUCAGCGGUAUAAUGUUAAGCAGUAGCUACGGGUUCUGUGAGAAGUGGGGUUUGUGCGAGCUGCGGUACUACGUCCCCUGGCCGCUGUGGCUGGGGUACGCCGCCUCGUUGUUCCUAGUGUUCGCGCUCAACGAGCUCAUCAAGUGGCAGGAGAUCAACGUGGACGGACGCAACCAGCGGCGCGCCCGCCUCGACUUCGGCACCAAACUGGGGAUGAACUCCCCGUUCUAA